AUGUAUUGUCGUGUAACUCGACCUGAUUCAGUAGUUAUGGAGGUGCUGAUUAAUCCUAGAGCGAAUGUAGAACACUGUCUAAAUAAGGUGAAGCUGGGAAUCAUUGAGGUGGACUACUUUAGGCUGCAGUUCACUGGGAGUAAAGCAGAGAGCAUUUAGUUAAAACUAAGAAGCCAAAUCUCUCAGCAAGUGGACAACAUGUCCCAGUGCAGACUAAAGCUGAGUGUGAAGUUCUUCAUAGAGCCACAUCUCAUCCUGCAAGAACAAACAAGGCAUUUGUUCUUGCUGCAACUGAAGGAGGCUCUGUGUGGAAGCCUGAGUCUGAACUCGGAGCAGGUGGUGGAACUUUGUGCCCUUUUGUCCCAGGCAGAAUUCUGCGAUUACAAUCUGAACACAGUCAAGUAUUGCUAUAAACAGAUCAGUUGCACCAUGAACAGUCAGAUCAGUUCUCAGAUUAAAUUGCAGCAUCACUUGGCAAGGCACACAGAGAUCCAUGGCACGAGUCAAGCUUCAGCAGAGUAUCAAGCCCUGCAGUUAUUUUCCACUCUGGAGAACUAUGGUGUGGAGUAA